AUGGGUAAUUUCGUAGGUUUUGCCUCGCCGGAAAACCGAAGCGCAGCUGUGGAGACUCCUCACGUCGUUCAGAACGAUGAUCCAAUCUCCGAUUUGAAAGUUGCAGAGAGUAAGAAGAGAAACAGAACGAUAAAGCGAAAGCGAACGAAGAAGAGCUCAAAUGGUCAUGACAUUGCUUUAGCAGAAGCAGAAACAGAGAAAGUUGAAGUUGAGAACGCCGAGAAGAUUGAUGAAGUCGCCGGAACCGGAAAAGCUUUACCAAUUCCUGCAGAGAAGAAGAAGAGGAACAGAACGCAACCGCGAACGCGAGGAAUGAGAACGCGGAAGCGGAAGAGGAGCUCAAAUGCUAGCGAAGCAACUCAGGAAGUUGAGAAGACUGAUGAAGACGCCGGAGCCAAAACGAUAAAGCGAAAGCGAACAAAGAGGAGCUCAAAUGCUAGCAAUGGUCUUGACAUUACUUUAGCAGCAGAAGCAACAGAGAAAGUUGAAGUUGAGAAGGCUGAGAAGACUGAUGAAGGCGCCGGAACCGCAAAAGCUUUACCAACUACUGCAGAGAAGAAGAAGAGGAACAGAACGCAAACGCCAACGCGAGGAAUGCAAACGCGGAAACGAAGCAACACAGGAAGUUGA